AUGGACAAGACCAACAAAGAUACUGAUAAAGACCAGAUUUUGGCCACAUUAUUGACUCAGCUGGAUCUAGUGGCCAAAAAUAUCAUUGAAUUGGAAGCACCGGAAAAAAAAAAAGACCGAUUCAUUCCCCCUCAUGAGUGUAUAAAUCCCAAGGUGUACGAGGGUGGACAAAUAGAAGAGAUAGUCUUACUCAUUCUUCACAAAGUCGAAAAACAUGACAAAGUGUUGAAUGAGAUAAAAAAGAAUGUCUCGCUGCUGAAUCAGAUGGCUGCUUCCCAUUCCAUAUCAGUUCAGCUGCUAGAGGCCCAAAUGGGUCAUGUGUUGUUUCGUCUCUACCUCACAAAUCAAGAGUUGAAGUCUGGAAAGUGUGUGAAAAGUGCAGGUUGGCGAGCAAAAAGUCUGGAAGGUGGAAGGAGAUGUGUGAAUAGAGAAGUUCCUCCUCUAGAGAAUCAAGCUCCUCAAGUUAAUCAAGCUCCUCAAGGUAAUCAAGUUCCUCUAGGUGGUCAAGUUUUCCAAGAUGAGGAAGUCCUUCAAGAUCCUCAAGUUCCUAUUGAUGAAGGGGCUAUGACUAAUAUGGUGAUAAGAACGGCUCUCCAAACCUUGACUCAUGCUUUGACGUCUCAAGUGACUAGGGAUGCUAGAGCUCAUGAGAACCCUAAUGAGAGCAUUGUGGCUUCGAGGCUAGUAGAUUUCACUAGAGUGAAUCCUCAUAAGUUCUUUGGCUCUCAAGUGGGUAAAGAUCCUCAAGAGUUCUUAUAUGCGGUUUAUAAGUUUGUAGAUGCUAUGGGGGUGACUACUAGGGAGAAAGCAGAGUUGGUGGCUUAUCAAUUUAAGGGUGUGGCACAAGUGUGGCAUACUCAAUGGAAGAGGAAUAGGCCGGAAGGAGCAGUUGCUAUAGGUUGGGAGGUGUUCAAGAGAGCUUUCCUCGAUAGAUUCUUUCCUAAGGAGAAAAGGGAAAAAAGGUAA